AUGGCUCCAAGUGGAUCGGACUCCAAGUCUGGGAACUCAACUCAACAACUGACUGAGCUGGGCUUCCUAGGCCGGAAAAAGUCAAAAUUACAACCACAACCGGACUCUCGUUCUCCCCUCCGUUCAUUCCGUUCAUUCACUCGAGGCGUGGUAGAACGACCAUCCAGUAGUCUUUCCAAUCAGACUGACUUCGCCCCAAGAGCACCGACUGCCGGCUCUAUUCACUCCGGCUAUCCAGAGUCUGGUCAGCUUGCGCAUUCAAAUCGCUCACGAGCAUCCUUUCAUUCAAGAUCCGGAAGACAAACCGGCCCUAUGGAGGUCGACCGCACCCGCACCCGGCGGGAGAGGACAUUCAUCGGCAGUGAAUGCGCCGUCUGCGAGGAACCCUUGGAACAUACCUUACGAGGCGAGCGUAUCCUCCAACUAUCCUGCUCACAUGUCUCCCAUGAAGCCUGUUUCUAUGAAUUUCUCAGGGAAUGCGACGGACAAUACUGCCCCACUUGCGAUGCGCCGUUGGCCUUGGACACGAGUCGCGGUGGCAAUGUUUUGGAUAUAGAGAAAAUCAGUAAUAUCGUGCGUUCGGUGACGGGAAGUGACAGCGCGACCAUGCGGAGUGGUCUGACCAACUCAAACCCGUGGGAGCAGCAGUCGACCCGACGACCACCAAGUGAUUCGGGAAGUCGCUACACCGCCGCGCGAGAGCCUUCUUAUAACCCUUCGGCCAGAGAGCCAUCUUACAAUCCGUCAAGAGAUCCGUCCUACACCCGGCGCGACAGCCGCGACACCGGCAGCCAGCGCGAGCGCGUGGAACGAUUGCCUGUCGCCUCUCAUCCUCGUCAACCGCAUUCCCGCAAUGGCAGUGCGGCCGGCUCCUCCGGCGAAUACACUGAAGGCCAGCAUACCAGCAGUGGGCGACGCCAUGACUACGAUGUGCAGGCGAUGGAAUCGGACCUCAGUGCGCGCCCGGGAGUCCCCAAGAACCCUAUUCCCGCGCCAAUCGUCACCGUCCGCAGCGAGUUCCCUACCAUGAACCGAUCUCGCCAACAACAGACUCUCACGUGUUUGAUUACGGUUGAGGUGCCAGAUGCUAAUUGGCGCCCUGAUGUGGAGGAUCUGCGGCACACACCAUCUGGCCAGUCACAGCCGGAUGAGCCAUAUACGGGGCGGUACGGUGGACAGGAUGCCCGGUCUAUUCAGUAUGAGCCGACAGAGAACCUGGAUGAGGUUGCGGAGGAAUUGCGCAAUCGGGUGGACAAUUGGCAUGGCCUAGAGUUCCCCCGGUUUGGCAAGCUGCGUCUCCAUGGACACAUGCGCGUGGGCAAGGAUCGGGAUUCCUGGCAGGAAUUGGAAUGCUAUUUGUUCGGGGAGAUGCUCAUCUGUGUCAAGGAGAAGAAAUCGUCCGAUCCAAAUCAGUUUGAUGAGAGUGGGCGACGCAAGCCUGUCCGGUGUUCCCUCAAAGGUUCGAUUCUGAUCAAGAAGCAUCUAAAGUCGAUUGAGGCUUCCUCGGAUGAACCCGUCCUCGCUUUGAACCUCUCUGUCAACGAAUUACCCUGCUUCUACCUGCGUUUCCAGAACCGCAACCAGCUGGAGAUGUGGCGUCGUUCCUUGAUCGACUUGCAUCCUGUUGAGAACAUCUCACGCCAGAAUGACUAUGACUAUGACAACUCUGGGGCUGAGGAGGAUGAUUACCGUACCAACCGAAUCCGACGACAAGCUUCUAUCAACUCAUCCUACGGUGCAUCCAAGUCAAACAAUACCGCUAUUACGGACUACACCAACCCUGAUACGGAAGCUCAUCCCAUCAACACUGUUCACAUUCCUCUCGAUAUCGUUGUGGUCAUUCCCGUAUCUUCGUCCAUGCAAGGCUUGAAGAUUACUCUCCUGCGCGAUGCCCUCAAGUUCCUCGUUCAGAACCUUGGCCCCCGGGACCGGAUGGGACUUGUGACAUUCGGCUCAAGUGGCGGUGGUGUGCCCCUGGUGGGUAUGACCACCAAGUCAUGGGCUGGAUGGCCCAAGAUCCUCGAAUCGAUCCGGCCCGUUGGCCAAAAGAGUCUGCGAGCAGAUGUAGUCGAAGGCGCCAACGUGGCCAUGGAUCUUCUGAUGCAGCGCAAGUUCAACAACCCCGUCUCCACCAUUCUCCUUAUCAGCGAUUCCUCCAUCGCAGACCCCGAGAGUGUCGAUUUUGUGGUGUCUCGUGCGGAAGCCGCCAAGGUCAACAUUCACUCCUUCGGUCUCGGCCUGACCCACAAGCCCGACACAAUGAUUGAGCUUUCCACUCGCACAAAGGGCUCAUACUUGUAUGUGAAGGAUUGGAUGAUGCUGCGAGAAUGCACUGCCGGAUGCUUGGGUGCUUUGCAGACAACUUCCCACCAAAAUGUCAAGUUGAAGCUCCGCCUACCAGAAGGAUCCCCAGCCAAGUUUGUUAAAAUUAGCGGUGCUCUCCACACCACGAAACGUGCAACCGGCAAGGACGCCGAGGCAGCACUUGGAGAUCUCCGAUUCGGUGACAAGCGUGAUGUCCUAGUCCAGCUCGUCAUCCAACCCGACAACGCUACUCAGGACAACAUGCCCCAGGAUCCAUGGGAAAGCCUUGUGUCCGGACUUGAAGCCCUCGGUGGCGGUCCAGACGGCGACGAGCAGCGCGUGGUCAGCGUCGAAGAGGUUCCCCUCAUUCAAGCUGAUCUCACCUACGGCGACCUCCUCCGCGACGGCCACCUCACCCACUCCCCUCGCCCCUCCCUCCUCGCCAUCACCAUGCUCCCCCCGAACCCGCGAGCCAAGGGCGGACGCCCUUCGACCCCGCCAAUCCCACCUCACCCCUCAAUCGUGCAGCGUCGCAUGGAGCUUCUUACCUCCGACAUGCUGACUCGUGCCCUAACCCUGGUCUCCCGCGGCCAGCACGACCGUGCCAUGCACCUUCUCAACGAAACCCGAAGCAUUCUCAAAGGUCUAGGCAAGGGUGGCCUACCACCCCUGCCACCGGGUGCUUCCCGUCCUCCAGGCAGUGACGCCGGCAGCCGCGGCGAUACCCCGAUCUCGUCCUCCCCCAAGUCAUCGACUUUCGGCGAGACACAUUCCUCGGCAUCUGAGACAAAUACCAUUACUCCCGCCUCGUCUGUCGAUACCCAGACCAUGACUGCCCUCAAUGCGGAUCUCGAAUCUUCCCUCGAGUGGAUUAACCACCCGGCUGUGUUUGGUCGUGAUUCCCGCAAGGCCGUGCUGCAGAGUAUCGGCGUGAUCUCCUCCCAGCGUGCUUACACAUUCCGCACACCUUCUGAAGCUCACUGGGCUCAGCGUGUCUCGGGUGUUCGUCGGUUGACCGAGCGGUCUCAGGACUGGCGUGAGACCGGUGAUGACGCUUUGACUGAGGAGUGA